AGACAGGCAGGCAAGCAGGAGAGGCGAGCGUCGGUGAUUGUGUCAGGUAAGCGCUGAGGAGAACGCAUCUCAGAUUUUUCUCCCAUACAAGUGAACGAGGCGAGCGAGAUCGCUCGGAAUCCAAUUGGCGCGUUCGACAUUAUCGGCGGCAUCGUAUUUGGGACUGUGGAUUUUUUGUGCCUAGGGGUUUUCGAGACCGCCUCGUUUCGACACUGUACAUGAACACUUCAAAGUCUCGGGCUUUUAUCUUUAUUCCGUUUUAUUUUUCUCAGCAUAAGGAGUGCUAGAACUUUUUUUCUGGUGUUUCUCUUACUCGGGAGAUUGUGGAGCUGAGUGUGGAUUGAGGUGAAGCUGCUGAUGAGAGAUCCACAAUUCAGGCGAUUGAUGGUUUGUCUCUGGAUUUGAUGGCCGUGGAACAGAGUGAAAAUUUUACUGACAAAAGUAUAUAAGCCCUGCUGGACGCGCUUGAAUCUGCAAAUUUGUGAAGCGAGGGAACCGAGAGGGAGACGAAAUUUACUGGAGAGAAAUGGGCAAGGGAGGAGGAUGUGUUCCUGGGAAAAUGUUGGUUUCAAAGAAGAAGAGGGACGUCGAUCCCUCCGCCGGAGAUGAUAAUGAGAAGCUGGUGGGUGAGAAUGAGGAACAAACAGUACAUGAAGAGGUCAUGACAGAGCCUGCAGAUGCUGCCCCUUCAUCUACCACUGAAGGUUCGACCCCCAUUCCUAAGGCGACUCCGGAGAAGCUGAAGAUUUUCAUAGUGUUCUACUCUAUGUAUGGGCAUGUGCUGAGCUUGGCCAAAAAGGUCAAGGAAGGUGUGGACAGUGUUGAGGGUGUAGAGGGUCACAUAUUUCAGGUACCCGAGACUCUAAAUACCGAGAUAUUGGAGCAGAUGAAAGCACCUCCAAAGGACACAAGCAUCCCCACCAUUUCUGCCACAGAGCUACCUCAGGCUGAUGCGAUCCUUUUCGGUUUUCCAACCCGAUAUGGUGCCAUGGCAGCACAAAUGAAAGCGUUUUUUGAUACAACUGGACAGCUUUGGAGAGGUCAGCAACUAGCAGGAAAGCCUGCUGGAUUUUUUGUCAGUACCGGAACUCAAGGAGGGGGACAAGAGACCACCGCUUGGACCGCUGUCACGCAAUUAGCUCAUCACGGCAUGCUGUUUGUGCCAAUCGGUUACACCUUUGGAGCGGGUAUGUUUAAACUGGAUGAAAUCCGUGGUGGAUCACCUUAUGGUGCUGGGACAUUUGCAGGAGAUGGAUCGAGAGUUCCAAGUGAGACCGAGCUGGCUCUCGCAGUACAUCAAGGAAAAUACACUGCAGGAAUUGUGAAAAGGUUAACUGGAGUCUCUUAAUCACUCCUCGAUUCAUCUUUUUAAAUAUUAUUGCUUCCUGGCGACUGCCGUCACUUACUGUCAUUUCACUCAAGCCGUCAUGCUCAGUGGCGGAUAAAUCGAGUGGGUGUAGAAAGGAGAUAUUUGUACUGAGCAUGUAAUUGCGUUUGUAGCUGCCGAGGUGAAGGUUUACAAAAACAGAAGAACAACUACUCACUGACAAGUUAAGAUUCAUCCACCCUUCGGCAUGGUUACAGUUUAUUUCUGUAGAUCCGAGUAUAAUCUUGUAUGUGUACAAAACCCAGGAAAUAAAUGUGUUUAUGACCAGAUCCCAGCUGUUAGUCUCUGCUCGGAUAGAGGGGGCUGAAAUUGUUGUAUCUGUGAAAGCCUGGAACCUUGAGUGGGGCCAAUUUGCCAGCUUCCAAUUCGUACCUUUCACACAGCCGAUUCUUUGAAUAAAGAGAAGACUUAUUUGCAAGU